AUAGUGAUACUGUAACUGCACAGAAUAUUGAUGCUCAUAAUUUUAGCGUAAUUUCCAACACUACAUCUGACACAAUUGUUUCCGAGAAUUUAGUAGGCAGACGAAUAGUGGAUAUAGCUUAUAUUUUUGAACAAAUAAAAAAAAAUCGUCAUAGUGGUGGUACUGAUUGUUCAUUUUUAGAUAUGAUAUUUAAAUCAGAAAUUAGAAACGGGUAUACUUCAAGUUUUAAAUUUCAAUGUCAAAUUUGUAGUAUUGAAAGUAUAAUUCAUUCAGAAAAUCCAAAAGAAUCAUACAUACCGAUUAACAAAUCUUUAGUUAAUGGUAGUAUCGCUGCAGGGAUAGGAUACGCACAGUUAACGGAGCUUUCUGCUUCAGUUGAACUACCUACUAUGUGCAAUACGACGUACAUAAAAAUGCAAAAUUGUAUUAAUUUGGUUGUACAAAAAACUGCAUGGAGUGAAAUGCAAAAGGCUGGAGACGAAGAACGACAGAUGGCAUUAGAAAAUGGUGAGGUUGACGUGGACGGUAUACCUAUGUGUACAGUUAUCGCUGAUGGCCAAUGGUCGAAACGUAGCUAUAAGUCCAAGUACAAUGCUUUAUCAGGAACGGCCACUAUUAUUGGGAAAAGAACCAGGAAAGUUUUAUUUGUAGGAAUAAGAAAUAGGUACUGUGUUGUUUGUCAAAGAGCAUCGAAUCGAAAUGAGAAACCAUCUGAACACGAAUGUUUUUUAAAUUGGAGUAAGGCCUCCACUGCAAUGGAAGCAGAUGGAGUGGUUGAAGGUUUUUCACGCAGCAUUGAAAUGCAUGGUCUCAAAUAUAAUAAAUUAAUAGGAGACGGAGAUAGCAGUGUGUUAAAAAAAUUAAAUGAAAUAUUGCCAUAUGGACCAGAUUUUUUUAUAGAAAAAAUAGAAUGUCGAAACCAUUUGCUAAGGAAUUUCGGUCAAAAAAUGACAGCUUUAGCAAAUAAAACUGAAUUUCCUAUUAAUUUGAGAAAAUUUAUUUUAUCUCAAAUUCUAAGAUUUCGUUCUGACGUUACCAAGGCAGUACAAUUUAGAAAAAAACAAGACUUACCUAAGGCUCAACAAAUUACAGAACUCAGAUCGGAUAUUGCUAAUAGUAUUUAUCAUAGAUUAGGCCAACACACGAAUUGUGCAACUUACUUUUGUCUUGGACAAAAAGAAGGUGAAAUAAAUUUAGUACCGCAGGCUGAAGAGUGUGGUUUAUUACGAGAAAUAAAUCAAAUACUGUUUCGACUUACUAGCAACGCAUCUAGCCUUUUAUCGGAUGUUGAUAAUAACGCUUGUGAAAUUUUUAAUAGUGUUAUUAAUAAGUACAUAUCUGGAAAAAGAAUAAAUUUUUCACAAAAAAAUUCUUACAGCACUAGAGUUGAAGCUGCUGUAAUUGCAUUUAAUUCAAAACAGUAUCUUAGGCAGGUUCAUAAGACUAUGCAAAAUAUAAGCCCAGGAAAAUUUGGCAAAAAAUAUUUAAAAAAUGUAGAACGUAUAAGAGCCAAUUGUUUAAAAAGACGACAAUUGUUUUCUAACAAUACUAGCUCAAAAUUCAAAAGCCGAUCUCAAUGUACAGCAGCGGAUCAAAAUUAUGGGUUAGCUGAACCAUUAAUCGAUACAAUGAUCAAAGAGGAUUAUGACAAAAAAAAAUUUUUAUUUUUACAAAAACUUAAUGAGGCUGAUAGAAUUGAGAUCGAAAUUUGUACAAGAGAUCAAAGUAAUAAUUCUCUUUGGUUUAAAGAAAGAAGACUUCGAAUCACAGCGUCAAAUUUUGGCACGAUAUGCAAAAUGCGACCUUACACUAGUUGUAAGAAAAAAAUCCAUAGCUUGCUAUACGCACCAAAUCCCAAAACAAAACAACUAACCUAUGGUAAUGUUAUGGAAUCGAAAGGUCGGAAAAAGUUCGAAGAAAUGUAUAACGUGAACGUCCAAACAUGUGGUCUUAUUAUUGAUUCUGAUCUACCAUAUUUGGCAGCAAGUCCAGAUGGUCUAGUUGGAGAAAAUGCCAUAAUAGAAAUUAAGUGUCCUUACAAUGCUCGUAAUUCAGAAAGUCUAAUCGAAGCUUUCAACAAUAAACUUGUAAGUGAUGGGUAAUAUGAAUAAUUUUAUUUCCAAUAAUUUUUAUCAUCGUAAAAAUACAAUCACUACAAAAAUCGUACAUUCACUUUGCUACCAGAAACAAC